AUGGGCAAUCACGAGGUUGGGACCAUCCAAGAUGAGGGUCAUGUCUCCGAGAUAGACAAGGCCGAUAUCGCUGUUGGUCGCGAGCACCUACACAACACUCUAGCUCCUCAUGAGUCAUACGAAGGAGCACAUCGUUUCGACCCCUUGGCAGAGUGGACACUAGCCGAGGAGAGGGCCGUUGUCAGGAAGACAGACCUUCGACUGUUAGCCUGGAUUUGUAUCAUGUUCUUUGGACUUCAACUUGAUCGUGGAAACUUGAGCAAUGCCUUGGCAGACGAUCUUCUAGGUGACCUUGGACUCACUACCGACGACUACAACAACGUGGGUCCCUCCUGA